AUUGCUGUGUGGAUGACUGCCUGUGGGGGCUUUGAGGCCUUGCUGCAUGUCGUCCGUUCUCAGGGCUCUGUCUCCAUCGAGUUUGUGGAGACCCCGGUCUUGGCUACGGCUGGACGGCCGGCGGUGUUUCAGAUCGUGACCACAGCCAACAUCUUCUCCACCACAUGGACCUCGCCGGGAGGGGACGUGAUCGCGACCUGGACCUCAGCUGGCCCCGUGGUCAACAUCGGGGACUACGAGGGCCGGGUCACCCUGACGGCCACCCGCUUCACCAUCGACCCGUCGCAGCUGCGCGACGUGGGGAACUACAGUGUCCGCAUGUCCCCCAGCCAGAAUACGGGCCUGCUGCCCAACACAGGCUUCGUGGAGCUCAGGGUCUUUGAUGCGGUGGCAGGUGUGAGUCUGGCGAUGACCCCGGAUGUGGCUGUAGAGGGCAGCAGCCUGAGUAUGCGCUGCUCCUGGGCGGCCGGUACGCAGACCAGUGUGGCGUGGCGGAGGGGCGACAAGGUGCUGUCCACGGGGGGGCGCAUCACCGUGUCGGGGGGCACCCUCUCCAUCAACCCCGCCCGACGGGACGACACCGGCGAGUACAGCUGCACCGUCAGCAACCCCGUCAGCGCGCAGACCACCCGAGCCUCUGUCACCGUCUACUGUGAGUCCCAACUACAUGUUUUUUUACUCCAAAAGAGAGAUCAGGGAGCGCUGCGUUGA